GUCUGGUGAUAACUGAUGCGAAUUCUCGCGGUAAUUCGACGUCGAGGGGAGUGUCAAAUUCCAAGAGAGAGGAGAGGAGAGGAGAGGGGAGCUAGAGAGAGGGGCGCAAGGUUACAUUGCAAGCUCUUUGCAAAAAUGGGGGACGACCGACCUUUUGUGUGCAAUGCUCCCGGCUGUGGACAGAGGUUUACCAAUGAGGACCACUUGGCUGUACACAAACACAAGCAUGAGAUGACACUGAAAUUUGGACCACCCAGGACCGACUCUGUCAUUAUUGCAGACCAGACACCUACUCCCACCCGCUUCCUAAAGAACUGCGAGGAGGUUGGUCUGUUCAACGAGCUGGCCAGCUCUUUUGAACAAGAUGAUGAUGAGAAGAGGGCAAAGAACUCUCUCCCUGCUGCCAACUCUGUGGCUUUGGACAUGACGCUGCAGACGCCAUCAGAUGUGAAGGUAAAAGAGGAGGCCCCUGUAGAGGUCGACUCCUCGCCACCAGGCAGCCCUGAAUCUAUCUCUGGAAGAUCCGACAGCAGCAGAGAGCCUCUGGUUAAAGGAAAGGAUACCCCUCCCAGGAGUUCAGCCCCCACCCCGACUAUUGUGCGUCCAGGUUCCCUCCCACUACACCUGGGCUUUGAUGCCCUUCAGCCCACCAUGCCAUCACCGACCUCUGUCAUCACACAGGCACCACCCUCCAAUCGUACUCUGGGUUCGCCAACCAGCCACUACCCCAUGAUGAUGCUUCCCUCUGGUCAGGCAGUGCCUUUGCUCCCUGGUCCCGUACAGAUGCCCUCUGUCAUUAAUCUGGCCCGACCCUUGUGCAUGGUACCCAACAUUCCUGGGAUCCCUGGUCCUCCUCUGGGAGGCAGCAGCAGCGGCUCCAACUCCCCCUCUGGCUACAGCAGCAUCCACACAGAGGCCAAGAUGCGUCUGAAGGCUGCACUGUCCCAGCAGAGCCCAUCAGGACAGAGUAUGGGGGUCAUGGCCAUGGGCAGCAGCCCCAUGGUGCCUCAGAAGGCAGAACAGAGCCAGCUGCUUGUCCAACAGCCAGAUGCUCCAUCACCUGCACAACCUCAGGUAUCUCCAGCACAGCCUACAGGUGGGCGUCGGCGGCGGACGGCAGAUGAUGACCCAGAUGAGCGAAGGCAGCGCUUCCUCGAGAGGAAUCGGGCCGCAGCGUCGCGCUGCAGGCAGAAACGCAAACUGUGGGUCAAUUCCCUAGAGAAGAAGGCUGAGGAGCUCAGCACUUUGAACGUCUCACUGUCGAAUGAAGUGUCUCUGUUGCGGAACGAGGUGGCUCAUUUGAAGCAGCUGCUGCUGGCCCACAAGGACUGUCCUGUUACCACCCUACAGAAGAAGACUGCCUACUUAGCUGCAGAGGAGAGCAUGAAAGACAGCUCAGAGCCUACAGGUUCUCCUGCCCCGGUGAUCCAGCACAGUUCUCUGGCGCCCAGCCCUUCUGCAGGGCAAAACGGCCUGAGCUCAAGGGCAGCGGCAGAGGCCAUGGCUAUGUCUGUGCUGGCAGGAAUGGGUCAGCAGCAGAGGGCUGAGAGCGGACCCUCUCACAUUAUCAUGGCUGCACAGUCUCAAUCUGCUGCCAGAUGAUGAGCGAUGCCACCAUGGCCCAGACUUGGCUCAUCAAAGAGGGGCAAAAAAGAGCAGCGGACCCCCCCCCCCCCAAACCUCCUCCUCCUCCUAGACUCCCAACGUCCCCAAUCUAGAAGCCCAAAUAUCUCAUCUUCCACUUCCCCCUCUCUCCCCUGCUCUCUCUGACCCUCCUGUGGAGCCAUCAUGCUGGGGCCUGGAGCUCAGCAGCAGCCUUCUGGGAAUGGACUGAGACUUUUGAGAGAGCUUCCUGUUCACUUUGCCAUAGACUACAGGGGCUGGACUCCAACCCACCCCCACCCCUUCAUCCCCCUCCUCGUUUCCCUCUAUGCCUCCCUGCUCAUCUCUCCUCACCCUCAGUCAAAAUGACUCUUCACUGGACUGUAGGACUGCAUCGCUCUGAGUGUACUGCCGUAACGAACUCCCUGUGUGGACGCACGCCAAACAACGUGCACAGUUUUAAACACACAGGUGUUGCAUAAACAUUCUUGAUCAAAUCAGAUACCAAACAACACACAGGACUUCACACUGUUUUCAGCAGGGAAUAGUGCCUUGUGCUCCUCGACUUUUUAGCCAUACACACACCCACACAUGCCAUCACAGCAUAACGUCCCUAUACAUCCUCGGCUCCAAAGAUUCAGUAGUUGUCUAGACUUCAGUGACUUAGAUCUCAAAUAUUCACAUAAACCUCUUGUAAAUGGUCCCACGUCAAGGCGAUCUCAACAUGGACCCAGAAAAACUUACCUCAUUUACACCCCUUUAUGAUAAAAUUUAUAAACUGUGUGUGUGAUUGGCUCUGUGUGUAUAUAUUUAUGUACAUCAGAACAUAGCAGUUUGCCUACUCCUGAUCUGAUACAUUAAUAUUUAGAUUGUUAGCAUGUGACUUUUUCUAUUAGGGUGUUAUGUUCUUGAUACAGUAUGUGCAGCUAUAUUUUUUUAAAUUAAUUGGCACAUCCUCCCAGGUUAGUCCACAAAACCAAAAUAUAUUGGAUUGUUCAAGACAGUGUCGUACCCUAAAAUUGUUGGUGUAAGAGCAAUAUGUAUUUUCUGAACUGAAGGGAAUUUAACCUCUCCUCUCCCCCUCCUUCUCACCUUUCCUCCAAAACAGGCAGUUUUGCUGUUUAUUGGUUUGUAAGUGGAUGCCUUCUCCUUUUUAUCCGAAUCUAUUCUAGUGACUGUGUUUUCGCUGUGUGGGCCCUGGACUUACUGUAACUGUUAUUUUCACACUUCUCAGGAUGGUUGCACAUCCUUGCUGCUCGUUGGAAGUGCGAUUGAACCCCUUAAGUCUCUUUGCUCUUUACCAAACCUAUACUAAGCCAUAAUGACAACAAACCGGAUCUCUGAAUCUCCAAAGACCACCUGGUACUUGUUCUGGGGCAGGCAGUAAAUAGCCGGACUGUUAUUUUGUGAUUCAGAGGUCACAGUGACACAAUCUACAGUAUAUCACUGCUUGUUUCUUGCACUUACACACAGUCUAACACACAAUGUCUGGUCGUUUUGCCUUAAAUAUCACAUUGGUGCCUCCUGAUAUCCCCCGCUUAAAAAUAAGCAGAUGUGCUCAUGUGAAAAUCAGUGGAGCCUUAUAAAUAUUGAUUUUUCUUAAUCUGUUCAUUUCAUCAAAUGGAAAACAAUCAUGAGGAACAAAAGAUUUGAUAACUUGUUGAAGAUUCCUCAAAGCCUUUAAAGUUAAGAGUUAAUUUAACCAUUAUUCUCUUCUCAGUGACACAAAAUGAUACAAUACUUGUCUGUCAUCUGCUGGAAGGACACGGCAAAGACAUCUUCGCUGGUAAAAUCUUUGAGGAAGGAAAAAGUUCUGAUCUGUCUUGUGACUGUGUCUGAAUGGCUCCAGUUCUUUAGAAAUCCCACAAAGAUAUUUUACCCAGAUAUUGGUAUAUUUUUACAUAAACACCUAAACAAGUGGUUUCCUUUUCUUUCUUUUUUUUUUCCUGUAUAUUUUUUUUUGUCCCUUUUGUCUGAUCAUAUAUUUGCAAGAUGUGAUAUUUCAGAAAAACAAGAUAUCUGUCCAUUAACAUGAGGGCAUGUCUUUAUGCACUAAAAUAAGCAAGUUUAUUGUUGCUUUGUAUUUCUGUUCAUUUAAGUUUUUGCAGUUCUCUUGAUCUUUUUUUUUUUUUUUAAUAUUUUUCUCUGUAUCUGUACUGUAUACAUGAAUGGGAAUUUGCUCAGCAACUUUAAUACCUUUCACCUCUGACUGAACCUCUUGUCCUACAGUCCCAAUGGCAAGCCCGGCAUUUUGUUGUACUUUGAGGCUGGCGCUAUAUUUGGCUGGCAGUCCCUUAUAGACGAUUGUUCAUAUGAAAUGAAAAUUCAAACUAUAUUUAGCUUUCAUGUUUUCAUGUAACUCAUGUCAUUGGCACCUUUUUCUGUCAUUUCUUGUUUUCUUUUGUUGUGUGCUAUUGUCAGCACCAUACAACCUCCGUCAUAAUGCUUCUGAUUGUACUGAUGAAUAUAGACACAAAUUUGUUUUUUGGUUUGUUUUCUCAACAGAAAAAUGUCAUUAGUCCUUUUUCAAAAAGAGAUUUUAUCCCCUUUGUAUCUUUUAAGAUGAAUUUGGUCGUGUCUUUUGAUGGUCCUUGUCUAACUUAUUUUUUACCUAAUUGGUUAAAUAACAGUUGUCAUCACAGUCUUUUGGCAUAUUAAUGUUACUUAGAAUCAUAAUGAAAAGAGCAAUUUAAUGAAAAAUGCAACAUUGUGAAAGUUGCACGUAGUGUUUUAAUGGUUUUUCACACUCCCAUUGUUGGACUGAUGAUUUCAAAAAAUUGUCCUUGUACUGUACAUAUCUGUACUAUAUGAAUAUAUUUACUUUUCCAUGCAUGUCCAAGUGGAAUACUAUGAACACUUACAGUGCUGCAGUUUUAAUUAAAGAAACUACAUCUUAAUGAA